UCGAAAGACCCGGGAAAGGCUUCAAGCGAUUUCGAGUGCGCUUCGCGGUGUAUGGUCGAUUUUUAGUGCAGCUGGUUAUAUGGAGUCCAUAUUCAUAUGAUACUUGUUUUUUAUUGCAUGGAUAUUGUAACCAAAUCAUUCGGUUGUCCUAAAUUUACCCAGCAAUUUGCCUCUGUGGUGAACACGGACUACAAUUCCCAGCAUCCUCUGUGCUCUAGUUUUCCGGAAGCCUGGCUUGACUUGAAUGAAUAUUUUACAACAUCAUAGUUCUUGCUCCAGUGUACAUUUAUGACAGAUGAAAGAACAUCAAUGGAGGUUUUUUGAGGAAAGAGAUGGUCACAUUUUAAAGGGAUUUUAUUGAGUCUUUUCUUCUGAGGGAGCUAAAGGCUGAUGAAAUUAAUGAAAAGGCUAAGUUUGUCAGUGACUUCUAUCACCUUUUGUCCCAAGUUUUGACAACACUUUCUAUAUUCUUUUGUACUUCAAAUGACACUUUCUCCUGGGUUAUUCCCUUAGAAAUCUCUCCUACAAUUUUUACUUGUUUAGUCAUCAUGGCGCUCUUCUGCCAAAAAAGCAACUGUGCAUUACUGACUUCAUUGAAGAGCUAUCAGAUGUUCUACCCUGUUCUGCAUCUUCGCCGAUUGCCUACAGUCUUUGGGUACUUAAUUUGUACAUCAUCAUCUCGGUCUGCAAAACCAGUGGAUCCUAAAGCAAUUUAUAAUGGCACUCCCAAAAUAAAAUAUAGAGAAAAAGAGGAUGGUAUAAGGCAAAGCAGAGCUGGGAAAGAUUAUUCCUCUCCCCGCCCCUUCAACUUAUUUGCUGCUGGAGCUUCCAAGAGGAGAUCAGUGGCUCAAGACCCUCUUACAGAUCUGAAGAAACCUAUUGCUUCUAAGAAGAUGACCCUCUGUCCUCCAGAAAAACCUUUGAGUGUAGAGGAGUGGGGAAAGAUGAUAGGAGAAUUUGGAGGGACUAAAAAGUUUGAAGAAUUGAUGAUGGAGCAAAUGAUUAUUCGCUGCAGUCCGAUAGAUGUGGCUAAGUCCUUACUGGUUGCAGUUGCUAAUCGAGAAGGGGAUAUUGGGUAUGGUCUGCUGGUGAAAUACUUGGCUCUCUGUGUGUCUCAGAGAGAGGUGGAGGAGAUAUAUGAGAUCCAAGACAUUAUGAAAACCAGAUUUAAGGUUUUAGAAACAACAGCUUAUGGUCUCCUGAUCAGCGGUCUGAGCAGUUCUCAGCACUGGAGGGAGGCAUUGUCCCUGCUGGAGGAGAUUAAAAAAGUCAUGACCCCUUCGAAAAGAAACUAUGGGGAUUGCAUCAAGGGGGCUCUUAUUAACCAGGACAUAAAUCUUGCAUGCGAACUGUUUUAUGAGAUGGUAGCAAAGGAUUUGAUACCAAACUUGGAUACCAUACAGGCUUUCUUUGAUGUCGGCAAAAAUGUGAAGGAUGACCAAUGGAAAACCAAACUCAUUCAUGUCCUAUUCUACUUAAGAGAUAAUCAAGUAUAUCCUGGAGAAGUGCUAAUGCAGAGUAUUAACCAGUGGUUUGAAAGGUGUAAUACUGGAUUUAUAUUUUGUGCAAUCUUUUGUAGUCUUCCUGGAGAGAACUGGAAAGGAAACUUAACCUCUAUGAAAAAUAGUGGACAGUGCCCUUCUUGUAAUCAGUAUUUGGAAAGCAUUAAUCUGAGCCCUGAAGAAUACAACAUUCUCAAGGAAAAAAUAAUAAAGAAUGUGAUACAGGGGACAGAUACAUUUAGGAAAACAACUCCCCAGGAACUUGAAGAAUUUCAGACAUUUGUGAAUGCACGUCCUCCUUUCGAUGUUGUGAUAGAUGGCCUUAAUGUUGCCAGAGUUUCCUACAAACAUAAUCCCUCUCAAACACUGCUAGAUGUUGUCCUCCACUUAGCACAUCAGAAUUUGCGAUUACUCGUGCUGGGGCGUAAACACAUGCUGAAAAGAUCUCACCAUUGGAACCCAAAAAAUAUAGCUAUUAUGAAGAAGAAAGCAGACUUCUUCUUUACUGAAAAUGUGUCUGAAGAUGAUCCCUUCCUGCUCUAUGCCACUCUUCACUCAGGCAGUCAUUGUAGGUUUGUUACUAGGGAUCUGUUACGUGAUCACAAAGCUUGUCUUCCUGACAGUCUCACUCGACGCCUGUUCUUUAAAUGGCAGCGUGGGCAUCAGAUGGUGCUAUCUGAAUAUGCACCAGGAAAGAGGAUAAAGUUUGAGCAUGUACAGAAUUACGAUACAGUUGUGCAGACUACAGGUAGUACAUGGCAUAUUCCCUAUGAUGACAGUCUCUUGGAAAGAUCUUCUUACGAAGUGCCAACAAAAUGGCUUUGUCUUCAACAGAAAUAAAGGAUCAAUUUUUCUAAACUGA